AUGGCCAAGUAUCUAGAGAAAGUUCGAAAGAACUUGGAAAAGUUCGAUUAUUUCAAAAUUGAGCAAAUCCCAAGAGAACAAAACUCUAACAACGAUGCCUUAGCAAAACUGGCCUCGCAAAAUGACUUGGAUGAACUAAACUUGGUUCCAGUGGAAAUGUUAAACGAGCCAAGUAUAUGCGAAGAGGAAGAUGUCGAGAUGAUAGAUAGCUUGCUCACGUGGAUGACUCCCAUAAUCAACUAUCUACUCAAUGGAAAAUUUCCAACUGACAAGAACGAGGCACGAAAACUCCUGUAUUCAAUGCCUCGCUACACGAUAGUAGAUGGCAAGUUGUACAGAAGGGGUUAUUCAAUGCCUAUCCUUCAGUGUGUUCUUCCUGCAGAAGCAAACGAGAUCAUCAGGGAAAUUCAUGAAGGCUUUUGCGGAGAUCAGUCAGAACUGAGGAUGAUGACCUUGCCUCAUCCAUUUGCAAUAUGGGGGAUUGACUUGAUUGGGGCACUUCCCACAAGGCGAGGAGGAGACAAGUACGCAGUGGUGGCUAUCGAUUUCUUUACUAUUGGACCGAGGCCUCAGGCAAAUGGACAAGUGGAAUCUGCUAACAAGACCUUGAAGGAUACUAUCAAGAAGAAAUUAGACGUUGGUAAGGGUAGAUGGGUCGACGAACUACCUCAAGUACUUUGGGCUCAUAGGACAACUGAGAAGACAGCAACGAGAUAUACUCCAUUCUCCAUACCAACACCGAGUAACAAGAUACUUCAACAAAAAGGUGAAAAAGAGGCUUUUCAACAUUGGAGAAUUGGUGCUAAGGCGAGUGUUUACAAAUACGAGAGACGCAUUUGCAAGAGUAUUCAACCCAAACUGGGAGGGUCCUUAUGUGAUCAAAGCGGUAGUAGGAACCGGGGUUUACAAAUUGGCUCGGCUAAAUGGCUCACUGAUAAAGAACUACUAGAAACUGAAAUAUUUGCGAUCUUACUACUAUUAAAUUGA